AUGCCCGAAUUACCUUUUGAAGUCCUCAGUGUCAUCUCAAAGCACAUCAGUAAACAAUGCGCAAGCAAAUGUUCUGUAGUGUGUAAAUCUUGGAGAGCUCCCUUCCAGGAGAGAUUGUGGGAUAAUAUUUAUCUCACCAACAGUGAAGAUUUCGACAAAUUUUAUUACCAUUCGGCUGGUCCUCACAGCCUUUGCUUCUAUGUACACGAAAUUUACCUUGCUGACAGUUUCUGUAUUACUGAUAUUCAACUUCUUGCUCUGCAAGACCGUUUUCGAAACUUGAGGCGCCUCCAUAUUCGCUCGUAUCAGCUAAGCACCAACAUAUUCAGUGAAGAUACCGAUUGGACCCUUUGGAAUGUUCUUGAGGAUAUCGAUGUCGUCAUUCCGAAGGUGGAUUCAGACAAAGAGCUAUUUAGUAUCCUCCAGGUUCUGUCUCUCUUGCCUAAUCUUAAAACUUUGGCGCUUAGAGGUCCCAUUAGUACAAAAUCAACGUACACAUGGGAAGACCUUGAUAAAAUUCAUAGUUUUUUUCCCGAACUGGAAAGUCUAAAAAUGGAUAUUCUGUUUUCUGUGAUCCAUGUACGAGAUCUGGAGGAUAUCAAGACAACGAUGCCUGCAAAAAAAAUUAAACGGAUGAAUAUUAACAUCCUAUACACCAAACCAUACUGGCUGUUCUACUUUGCGUGUAAAUAUCCAUCCCUGCAAUACAUCGAGUGGGUUGAGAACAAGGAGAACUCUUCUGAAGAGAGCUGGAAAAAUGCACUUGUCGUGUUUUCCACCCUUUCUACAGCUUUUACACAUCUCAAAAAAGUUGUGCUAAAUGGUACAGGAAUAAGAGGAGUUCCAGCCGACACCAAAUUCUGGAAAGUAAUGCACAUCCUCAAAGUGCCUAUCAAAUCUCUGUGGAAUGAAGUACAUUUGAACUACUAUCGUUGGCCGAAACCAGAAAAUUCCCUUGAAGAGAGUAUGAGCGUUUGUUCAAAGACCAUCGAAAGCUUUUCGUGUAAAGUCUUUGAAGAACAUCCAAGUAUUGAUGGUAUAUCUGUGACAUUUGACUUUUGCCCUCGACUUGUUUCAUUAAACCUUGUAAUGGAACCGAAACACAUUUCUCUUGACACGCUUUUAAAUCAAUGUCCAGUAUUGAAGACACUUACGCUUAAAUGCAAAUACCUCUAUCGAUUGAAUAAUACAGAAGUUUAUGAAUCAAUUCUAGAAAAUGCUCAUGGGCUACAAGCAAUCACACUUUUGAAUACCAGAACAAAUCCAUCUCUGUACAAAUAUCUUUCAUACCGGUGUAGGAAUUUGAAGAAAAUGCGAUUAGAUUGCUCUAGUAUCAGUGGACCCCUUUACCCUUCAUCAAACAAUAUUCGUAUCGACAUGCCCUACACUGAUUUCCGAGUAUUACAAUUUAUUAACGUGAGCUUCUUGGCAUCAGAACCUAAAUACGAAAAGUCCGUCACCAAAGGUCCCAGAGCUCGUUUGCUGGACUAUCUUAUCCUUGACCAAGAGAGUGAAGAAAUAGAUAGAACACCUGAAAAUCUACCUGGUCAACCGCUUGGUCUCACGAGAGGAAAUCAAAGGGCUUCAAGAUCACAGAUUAAUUUCUACUUGGGUCGUAAAUACACAGAGCCUAACAGUAUUCUUAAAUGGUUAAAUAUACACGAUACAAAACAUGCCUUAAAAAAUAUAAACCCUCUACGGCCUAUUAGUAGGGUUUAUAAUUUAAGCGCGGCAUCGAAACGAACGCAAGAAGACGACAUGUCAGACGAAUUUUGGAAAAGUAAAUUUACUGAAGAACAUGUUCUUUUACGCUGUAAAGGUUUCCAAAGCUAUAAUGUCAAGGGACUUCAAGGGACGUUAACUGUAUCAAAAACAUCAGAUAAUUCAAAGAAUUUAGCAGCUUUGAAAAUCUUGGAAACUUUAGAUUAUAAGGGCUCUAAGGGCAAUAGUAUGCCCAAUUGA